AUGGAUGAGGAUGGAUUCGAGGAAAUAAUAAAAGGAAGAGGGCUUGUAGUUAAGGGAUGGGCUCCCCAAGUACUGAUUCUGUCACACAGGUCAAUAGGAGGCUUCCUAACACAUUGUGGAUGGAAUUCGACAAUCGAAGGCAUUUCAGCAGGCGUCCCAUUGAUAACAUUGCCGUUGUUGGUGGACCAAUUUAGUAACGAGAAACUUGCAGUACAAAUACUGAAAAUCCGAGUGAGCCUUAGAAUCGACAAACCUACGAACAUUGGUGAUGAGAAAUCUGGGUUCUUGCUGAAGAAGGAACAUGUUAAAAACGAAAAGAAAAGAGCUCAAGAGUUUGGAGACGAGGCAAAGAAAGCAGUUGAAGUGGGUGGUUCUUCUUACCUCAAUAUUACAUCACUAAUCCAAGAUAUCAUCCAACAAUCUCAUGAUUUGAAGUGCGAAUUGGAGGUGGUUCUAUCACUAUGUUCGAUGACUAUGACUAUGGUUUACCCCCACUUCCCACUUGUGCUUUGA